GAAUUCCUGAAUGAUUUUUUUCUGCAGAUAGGGGCUUAGAAUAAUGAUUUCAGCUUUAUUGAGGGCAGAUUAGUCGCAGUGUCGCUGCUGUCUCUCAAUACUGUACAUGUCUCUUCAAUGUGCCUAUUGUUCCACACUGUGUGUGAACCCAUUCACAAUAUACACUUUUUAACACCAGGCAAAGCCCUGUCUAAAUAUACACAGUAAGGCUGGAAAGACUUUCCUGACCUCUACAAAACGAUGUAAAUCAUACAUCCAUAGCGACAUCAGUGAAACAAAGCCCGAGAUACUGACUCAUGACAGCCCCGACUGCGGGCACAAGCACUGGCUGGGGGAGACAUUGGGGAGGCCCUCCUACACACACUCUUUCGCACAUACCCCUCACAGCUCCCGUACUGGAGCCACACGCGCUGCAGGCUGACACAAUCAGGUGGCGAGGACGGAGCCGCACCCGUUGUGUCUGAAUGUUUCUUUCCCCUCCCCUGCUUCUACACCAUUCAUAGAACCGGACAGGGAUUGGAUAGCUUGGAGGGGAAGCCAAGGAAGGGCGGGGAAAUCGUCAUGCAGGCAGUACAGCACCGCCCUUCAUACCAGAUUGUGCGGCUCUCGAACAGCAGCAGGGGCCCUGCCAGAGAAGGCUUUGAAGAUGCCUAUGAAAAAAUCCCUGCGGCAUCCAAGAUGGAUCUGCGGUGUGCACUGGAAGAGUGCACUUUGGCUCUCAACCUAUUUCUCAACAAUAAAUUUUCUGAAGCUUUGGAUAUUCUACGUCCAUGGGCAAAAGAGAGCGUAUACCAUGCUCUUGGUUACAGCACUAUCUUGGUCAUGCAGUCGGCUAUGACCUUUGAGCCACAGGAUGUCCAGAUGGGAAUUACUAUAAUGAAAGAAGCAUUACAGACCUGCCAAAGAUUCAGGAAGAGAAAUACGGUUGUAGAGUCACUCUCCAAUCUGGUAUCAAAGCAGACAGGGGACCAGUUAACUGAAGAUGAAAUGCAUGCUGAGAUCUGUUAUGCAGAGUGUCUCCUGCAGAAGUCUGCGUUGACAUUUGUACAGGAUGAAAAUAUGGUUAACUUUAUCAAGGGUGGGAUCAAAAUCAGGACCAGUUACCAAAUAUACAAGGAGUGCCAUCAACUAUACAGUUCAGCAGCGACUCAGGGCAAGAUGUGCAGUGACACACACCACCAAUUUGAAGGGGGUGUCAGAUUAGGAAUUGGUGCAUUUAACUUGAUGCUUUCCCUUUUGCCCUCACGGGUUCUCAGACUUCUGGAAUUCAUUGGAUUUUCAGGCAACAGGGAACUUGGCCUUUCCCAGCUACGUGAAGGGGCAUCUGGCAGUAGUAUACGAGCAAUAUUAUGCGUCCUCGUCCUUUUAUUCUACCAUACCUAUAUUUCACUAAUACUUGGUACUGGGGAAGCCAAUCUUGAAGAAGCGGAAGCACUACUUGAACCCUACCUCAAUAAUUUUCCCAAUGGCUCUAUAAUCCUGUUUUAUGCUGCCAGGAUAGACAUACUUAAAGGGCGUCUUGAACAGGCACAGGAGACUUUCCAGAAAUGCAUUGUUUCACAACAAGAGUGGAAGCAGAUCCACCAUCUUUGUUACUGGGAACUAAUGUGGUGCCAUUCUUUCCAGCAAGAUUGGCUUCAGGCAUAUCACUAUGCAGAUCUGCUCUGCAAAGAAAGCAAAUGGUCUAAGGCAACAUAUGUGUUUCAAAAAGCAUCACUCCUUAGCAUGCUUCCAGAAGACGUGGUUAAAACAACAGGAGAGGAUAUUGCUGCUUUGUUCAGGCAAGUGGAGAGUUUGAAACAAAAGAUUGCAGGAAAGUCCUUUCCAACGGAAAAAUUUGCUGUGCGGAAGUCUCGCCGAUAUGCCUCUGACAAUCCAGUGAAACUGACAUUGCCUGCAUUGGAAAUGAUCUAUGUAUGGAAUGGAUUCACAAUAGUGGGUAAAAGGCCUGACCUAACUGAAAAUGUGUUGGUUACCAUCGAAAAAGCAGAAGCUUCUUUACAGAGUGAAAAAAAUCCAUCAGAAUACCUUGCAGAUGACCUGUGUCUUGUUCACUUACUGAAGGGUGUUUGCUUGAAACACCUCGGUAGAUUAUUACAGGCAGAACUUUGUUUUAAUCAGGUGAUACAGAGUGAAAAGAGAGUGAAGUACGACCACUACUUGCUCCCAUUCACGUAUUAUGAGUUGGGACUGCUUUAUGAAGAGCAAGGAGAAAGAGAUAAAGCCAUACAUUACAUUGAAACAGCAAAGAACAACUACAAAGACUAUUCCCUGGAGUCCAGGCUACAUUUCAGAAUCCAUGCAGUGCUCAGUCAUUUUAAAGGCUCACCAGUUUCAACUCUUACAACUCCAUCAUAAACGUUGAAGAUCAGAAAGACAAAAAUAAACAUCUGGAUAAAGAGUAGAAAACAAAUGUAUAUUAAUUCUAAUGUAAUCAUGUUACUUCUUUUGGUGUCACAAAAGCUGUUAUUUUCCAAUGGUAAUUGUACUAUAGAGACAUACAUUUUUAAUUGUACUAUAGAGACAUACAUAUUGAAAUGUAUAUCUACAUAUAUUUCUAUACUCUAAAGAGACUAUAUAUAUAUAUAUAUAUAUAUAUAUAUAUAUAUAUAUAUAUAUACAUAUAUAUAUAUAUAUAUAUAUAUAUAUUAUAUAUAAUUUCAUGACAAAAGAUACAUUUAUGCUGGUUCUGACUUGAAAGCGAAUUUUUCGAACAUUUCCUGAUGCAAUAAAGUCAGAUUAAAGAAAAUAUAUAUUUUGUUUCAAAAUGUUUUUGUUAUUUUCAAAUUAGACAAGCAGGAUUUUAACAAAAGAUCAAAGCUGAGAAAAUAUAUUUGUGAUAUUUACAUUGGCAAUUCGUUAAAAAAAAAAAAAGUGGUUGUAAGGAAAUGGUAAAAUGUAAUUAUUUCUGAUGUAUUUUGUUGAAUCUAUGCUCUAUUUUGAAUCCAUAACUGAAAACAUGUUAGGUACAGUAUGACAAUAUUAGCCAUCCAGUGGCAUAACUUAAAUGAAACAAUUGUUCAUAAUAUUUUAACAUUUUCUACCAUGUAUUUAGUUACUUUUAUUCCUAACAUAUCAGUGUUUGUAGGGAUCAAUGCAUUUUUGCUUUUAGUAAUCAACUGUUGAAUUACUGAGAGAAAGCCCAUAUGAGGACUGCAGGCAGUGUACCAAUGUAGGGAUAUAGGACUGGCUACGUUGGUUUGCUGCCUGCGGUCCUUUACAGGAUUUAAGGAUGGAAAUCCGUUCGGUAAAUUAAUCGGAGACACACUUGAAAAAGGGAGCAGUCAGCCCCCGAAACGUUGUACAGCCUCCAGAUAGAUGAGUAUAUUCAGAGACAAUGCAAUGUCGUCUAUGAUGUUUGUUUUAUACUGAAAAAUAAAUGCAACAUUUUACUUUUA